AGUGCAGGCCGGCCCGCCGGACCGACGCGAGCCGAGUGAAAUCGGGUUCCUCCGUCGUGCGACCUCUCUCACCACGGCGAGGCGGCGGAAGGCGACGACCAUGUGGCGGCGGGUUUUGGGUUCGAUCAUCCUCGGCUGAGAGGCCUUCGCUACUCCGGGAGGACUGUCCGGGACACCCUCGCGACGUCGACGACGACCCCGUCACGUCUCUUCAUCGACGUCGACUCCGCUAGGACUCUAGAAGACCUCUUCCUCAGCAUCGCCGUCGACUCCGGUAGGACUCUAGAAAACCUCUUCUUCAACAUCGACGUCGACUCUGGUAGGUCUCUAGAAAACCUCUUCUUCAGCAUCGACGUCGACUCUGGUUGGACUCUAGAAGACCCCUUCUUUAACAUCGACGUCGACUCUGGUAGGACUCUAGAAGACCCCUUCUUCAACAUCGACGUCGACUCUGGUAGGACUCUAGACGACCUCUUCCUCUACACCGACGAAGAUCUAUUCAGGACAACCACCUUAACCGACGUCGACUCUGGUAGGACUCUAGAAGACCUCUUCCUCAGCAUCGACGACGACCCCGUCACGUCUUUUCAGGACAACCACCUUCAUCGACGUCGACUCCGCUAGGACUCUAGAAGACUUCUUCCUCAACAUCGACGUCGACUCCGGUAGGACUCCAGAAGACCUCUUCCUCAGCAUCGACGACGACUCCGCUAGGACUCUCCAGAAGCAGGGGCUUCCCUCCAGCGCCGGCGGCGACUCCGAGGAGGCCGGCGACGAUGGACCAGCACGUGGUGGUGGUGGCCCAGCACCUCGCGCCCCGGGACCACUCCCCGCUGUCGGCGCGCAACUCGUCGGCGCCGGAGGUGCUGAACGCGUCGGCGCACUGCCUCGCCGAGGCCGUGCCCUCCAUACACGAGUACUACACAGCCAUCAACGUGGCGGGCAUCACCCUGUUCACGCUGGGGGCAGCCGCCGUGCUGUUCAUCCUGUUCGUGUACGUCGACACGCUGCGGCACGUCAUGCAGAAGGCGCCCCCUCUCGUCAAGACGCACUCGGCCUUCGUCCUCGGCGUCUACCCGGUGGUCGCCAUAGCGACGUACUGCGCCAUCAUCGUGCCCCGCGCGCAGCUGCUCGCCGAGGCCGUCACCCAGGGCAUGUUCAUGGCGGCGCUGUACCAGCUGUUCUGCCUGCUGGUGGCGUACUGCGGCGGCGAGGCGGAGCUGGUGCGCCGCGCCAAGCCAGACUCGCUGGACACCCGCGUGGCUCCCUGCUGCUGCUGGCCCUGCUGCUGCUGCCUGCCACAGCUCCAGGUGUCCAAGACAAAUGUACGCAAGCUCAGGCUGCUGGUUCUACAGCUCCCAGUGGUCCAGGGCUUGGUGUACAUGGUGCUCAUGGUGAUGUGGGCUGAGGAGGAGAGCCUGUACCAGGUGAACUACAUGUACUUCCAACCCGCCAUCGCCAUCUCCAUCUUCUUCGGCAUCUGGGGCAUGAGCAUGACCAUCAAGGUGCUGCAGGACGUGCUGUGCGGCCACCGCAUGCGUAGCAAGUUCAUGGUGCUGCAGCUGGUGCUGCUGUGCGCCAAGCUGCAGGGGCUGGCGUCGCGCGCCGUGGCUUGGGGCGGGGUCCUGCCGUGCCGGCCGCCCAUCACGCCCGCCGUCUACGCCAACCUGGUGUACAACUCGCUGAUGCUGUCGGAGAUGGUGGUGCUGAGCAUCGUCGCUCGCCACCUCUACCACCAGGAGCUGCCCGAGCUGGACUCGGGGUCGCACCCCGCGCCGCAGCAGGUGUGCGUGAUCGGGGACCUCCUGCCCGGGGCGCCGGGGAAGCUCAGCCGGGUACUCGACGCGCAGCCGCUCGGCCGCGACAACAAGGCCUUCAGCGAGACGUGAGCAUCGCUCCUGUUGCUGCUACCCCGGGGGCUGGAUCAGCAGGGAAGGCUGACAGUACAUACCUUGUCAAAGAGCGAGUCGCCCUGUUCGUGUGAUAAAGAAUAUUUUCGUGUGCAAUACUCAAAAUACUUAUAGCAAUGCCGGAUGAGUUGAGCUUUUCAUCGAAAAAAAAUGUGAUAAAAAUUAUUACAAUAGUUUAAACACUAAAAAUAAUCUGCAGUACGGAUUGCAUGCGAAAUAACCACUGAAUAUUGGAAUAAAAUUGGAUAUCAAUAAACCACAUACUGAAGGAAAAAAAAAUGUUUUGUGUGUGCAGAAACCGAAUUAUUGUAUUCUGCUUCAGAUAUUGCAUUGAAAUUCAAUUAGUGAAAUCUUAUUAAGUUUUCUGUGUAAUAAUUAAUAUUGUUAUCAAGUACUGCAACUUAACAAGCAUGCAAAAUAAUGCAGGAUGUUCUUAAAAGAAUGUGCCAGUUUCAACGGUAUCUUAUAACAGUUUAAUUUAGACUAUUUGCAACAAAUCAUACAUCAAGCUGACGGUAAACUAACCUAGUUUUCCUUAAAAAUUUUCAAUAUGUGCACUUUUAGUUAUAUGGCACACAUCCAACCUAAAGGCCAAUUCUUCCCACACUUUAAUUAACAAGUCCGGAGUAAUGGCAGUAAUAGCCUCUUCAAUUCUGUGUCUCAACUCUGGCAAGUCAUUAGGUAGUGUUGGAACAUAGACACAAUCUUUUAUAAAGCCCCAAAGGAUAAAUCAAUUGCAUGGUGUUAUGUCAAGGUGAAUGGGGAAGCCAACGAAAAAGAGCUUGACCAUUACGACCAUCCAAUGGUCAGAGACUUGCGAUGUUCAACCAGUCUCAUUAAACAUUAAACAAAAUGCAUGUUGAACUAAAAUUACAGAUUCACUCUUAGCAAAUUGCAGAACACAAAACACUCAGGAGUCGCCAUUAGGUGGCUCUGCAAGUGAGAAAACAACAAAGCGGUCCUCGCGUUUGCGCUUAAUCAAAAACUGAGUUACUCUUUCAUUGUGACCUUGAACAAACACACUACAAUACUUACAGUUGAUACUAUUCAAAUUUGUAACUGGGACAUUCUUUUACGUACAUACUGUAUUUAGACCGGUGGAUGGUCUGGCCACUUCAACCAAUGAAGUAAAUAGUUACUUGUGUCAGUUUAUCUUUAUUCCUAAUUUCCAGAAUACACCCUGUGAACAUAGUCCAUCCAAUGGAAUGAGGUAUGAAGUUGUCUCUUGUGUUACGACAGCAAAUAAGAUCAAUGUACAGUAUUAUUAAAUGAAUCUGAAAUUGUCUCUCUUGUUACAUCAGUAGACUGUAUGCAUUUCUUUAGGACCAAGCUUUUUGAAGCCUGAAAUAUGUAUUUUAUAACAAUGUCUUAUAAUUUUUAAGGUGUAGUAACUAAAGAAAUUAGUUUUUUUUUUACCAUCACAGCACAUAGGUAUUUUUUAACUUUGUAUUCUCUAUUACUCAAACUGUUUUUUUCUUUAGCACAAAGUAGGCGCUGCACAUUUCAAUUUAAAGACAUAAUUAUUUUAGUGUACGGUAAUUAUGCUCUCAACUGUACUUCUGUCACUUAAGACAUGUAUACAUUGUUAGUAAAUGGAACCGGAACCGAAAAUAUUACAGAACCGACCCAUCCCUAAUUUUUACUAUUGAAUAUUUCCUGAAUACUCUGUUAUCUGUGCCUUGUAAGUUAAUAAAGGCAGUGCAUAUAAAGUCAAGUAAGCAGAUUAAGGUGAAAUUAAAUACAUGGGCUUCAUGGAUAGUCAUCACCUUUUGAAUAGUUUCCAUCUCUGAUUGCUUUCAUCUACUUCACAAGUUUAGAACAUGUGUUAAUUGACUAUAGGCCUGACAGGCUAAUACUAAACAAUUAAAAAUCAUAGGUUGAAGAUAGUGUCUUAAAUUGUUACCAACCAUGUUCAAAAUUAACUAUGCUAAGUGAGAAUUAUUGACUUUCUUCUUAUAUGAAUUAACAUGGAAAAUAUUUUCCUUUCUGCUGUGAAUAGUUAUCUAGGUUCAACAGGAUGUAUACUUAAACAAGUAAAUAGUAUUUAUGUAUUCACCUAGUGUGUUAGACAAGUGUUGAGUGCGUACACACUUAUCACUGCAUUGCCGGGCAGUGUAAUAUACCACCAGUAGGUUUAUAAAGUUAGGAUUUGUAGUUUUUAGCUGAUGAAUCUUUUUCAAUGAUGUAUUAUGUUGUAUAUAUUCUGAAUGUAUGGCAAAACAAGUAAAAUGGAUGUUAUGACUUAUAAAAACAUUAAUCUCUGCUCAGUAUCAUACUCACAAAUGUCCGAUUGAACUAUUAUCAAAUACUAUAUAUAAUUAACACAGUUUGACAUGCUCUAGUGUCUUGUAGAACUCACAAAAUACAAUCAAACAAAUGUCUUCAUAUGUGUGGCUGGUUUUUUUAAAUUGAAGAGUUGAAAUUCUUAAGGUACCAAGUGCCAAAAACCGGUUUCCUAAGAAUUGCAAGAAAACUUUGAUUCAUCUGUGAUUAAAAUAUGCUAACAACAAAGGUUUGUCACUAGCUCCCUUUUGAAAAAUCACUCAGCAAGACACAUCAGAUAUUUUGAAGGAAUUAUCGUAAACAUUUGGGUUGUGGCACAUAGGUUUGGAUUUCAUCUCUUUUUACUUACAGAGCUGACCUGCUGAUUAAAACAAGUGAAGGCCUGACAUGCUUCUCAGUGCUGCAUCUGAUCCAAAUGUCUCACUAAUUUGUGAGGAGAUAGGCCCGGGAAUGGAGGAAGUGGUUUUAUUCCCCGACAUGGUCCUGAACGAUGAUAAAGCAUGUUUCGAAGGAAAUAUGAACGUAAGACACAUUUGGUUGCAACAUUUUUUUUUUCCACAUACCAUUUCACAUUUUUAGUAUAUUGUUCAUUGCUAGAGUCAAGCUUCUAUGAUGCAAUAAAUAUGCAAAUUCUGUCAUUAAAGAUUUGACAUAAUGUAAUAAUGUACAUAUCAAGCACAAUAACGUCGACAACAAAAAUUUGUGGUAAGAUGCUUAAAAUGUAUACAUAAAACAAUACUAAAUUUUAAUAAAUGUAAGUAAAAAAAAAAUAUGUGCAAUCAAAACAUUCAAUAUUCUUCUGUAAUGUUUCUUAGUUCACGAGAAAGUUCAAAAUAUUUUCAAAUUUAAAUUUUACUUUUUGACACGGUCUAAUUAUUUCAAUCCUAUUAAUAUGAAUAAGAAAACACAAUGUUAAAUACCCAAAACCUAGUUUCUAUGUACGCCUAUAGCCGUUGGUAUCAGCUAUAGACUGCUUUAGUUACUUAAAAAAAUUAAAAAAAAAAAAAAAAAAAACCAACACAUAGGAGCUAAAUAAUUUUUUUUUUACUUAGUACAUAAAACCAUAAAUUAAAGUUUUAUGAAAUCAAAUCUAUAUUUUAAGAGACAAAUUCAGGUAAUUGAGGUGAAUUUAAUUGCAUUUGUAUUUCGUUGUGUAGUGUAUUGACUUCAAUUCCGCCAUUAUUUUUAUUUUAUCACGAUUCACCAUAUAAUGUUGCCUCUAUUCAUUGGUUCGGUUAUUAAUUUUUCGUUAUAAAAUAAUGCUUUACACAUUUUUAAAACAAUAUUACAAUAUUAGCUUCAGUUUUAUACAUGCACACAUAUACAGCUUUUCCCCAGUGCAGCACUUUAUAAAUGACAGGGUAUUUUAAUUUAUAUGGUGUGCAGUACGGAAAAUUUAUAUAUUUUGAGAUAUUUGUGUUAUCUAUUUCACCUCUUAUCAUUAUAGUUUACAGAAGAAUAAAGUGGUUUAUACAACAGCUCUGUAACGUGGUCUGUCUUAUUUCAUUCAAGGUCACAAAAUCAAAUUUAGUUUCGUCGAGGUCACAAAAUAGCGUACUGCUUGUUUUAUCUAACCAGAAUUUUAUGCCCUGCAUUUCCCACUAUUGAUCACUCUUCUGAUUCUCAAAUCACUAUCAUAAUUACUCUAGUGUGUGUGCAAACAGACUUUAAGCAUCGAGACUUCUAUAAAUAUUUUGGUAGUGGCCCAUGUGGUUUUAAUGUUACUGUUUACAUACAUACGCCUGGCUGUGGCAUUCACCCCUCUGAGCCGGACUUAGUCAUGUCAUCCGGAUGGCUCUGGGCAUUGACCUUAAUGGUAGCUUGGUUUUUAUAUACGUGCUGCACAGAAACUGCUAACAGGUCACCUACUGGACAGCUCUGCUCUGGUAGGGAGGGAGAACCAAAAAAGUUUCCCUAGUGCCGUGACAUGUCACCGAUCUGCCUAGCAUCUCCUAUUCCCCUUCUUCGUCCAUGCUGCAUGCCACAAACAAUGAUGAGUCGUUCACUGACAUCCCAAAUAAAGAAAGGUUUAAUGACAAUGGUUGUAUUUUUCAGAUAGCCUCCGAAACACUACUUUUCCCAUAAAAUCUUUUUUGUCUCACUAUAAGAAAAUGUUCCCAACAUAAUAUUCACCUUAUAUUGCAGUCACUAAAUGUAAAAAUUCUAACGUCUCAGUACCUCAAGGUAAAAAAAAAACUUCUUAAAAUUGUUUAAAUGAAUGUAGGCCAUUCAAAACAGAGUGACUUUUUCAAACCCAUUCUCCAGAUGCUAACUGGCAUUUGUACAAAUUUCACAAAUGAGAGUAUCUCUUACAUGAUUACUAUACUCUUUCUUGUAUGAUGAAAUCUUUAACAUUUACAGGUUUUUCCUUCUAUAAUUCUUGUAGAAUGUUUAAUGAUUCCUUAGCAAUUACUUCAUUGUAUUACAAGAUGGAGUUGCCUGGCUUCUGGGUUGUUUCCCCGUCGAAGGCGAACAUAUCACCGAUGUUUCGGUCGCCAUCAUCAGGGAGCAGUUGUAACUAACUGCCUUCGACGCUGCUUCAACCCAGAAGCCAAGCAACUCCAAGCAAUGUGCGCAAAAGCCUGCGGUCUUUACUGUAUUACAACAUACUUAAUUUUAUGUCAGGUUUACUCUAAGAAUACACAAAUGUGGUGUAAUUUAUUUUAGAAAUAGUUUUAUAUACUAUUAUGAAUGUAUGAAAUGUUUAUGGUUUUUCUAUAAGCAAUAAACUGAUUGAUAACA